UACCCCAUACCAUUGUCACCCGGCCCGUUUGACGUGUAUCCUAAAAGACAUUCCAUUUUGUGUACAUUUCAGAGUGUGGCUUUCCUGUCAGAAGAACCGAAUUCAUUUUAUUGCACGAAUGAUUCACCGAUUGUCACCGAUCUGUUCGGAGAAUCAGUGGAUGAGCGAGUGAUCGACGAGUCCGAUUCGGUUUGUGCAGGCUACCGUCGAGUAUGUUUGGCAUGCAUACGCAAGGCGGAGCAAGCUACCACUCGGUCGAAAUUGGGAGCACCAUGCUUAUUCACCAGUAAGGAGUCCGAGGAUGCUGGA